AAAACUAGUCCAACUUUCGAGCCGAACGGUGCUUCAGUGUCGUCUCCUGCCGACUGCUCCGUGAUUAAGUGUUAUCGGUGUUACCGCAGAUGAAAUUCUAACCUCAAACAACAGACAACCGUGCAAAACAGUCGCUUACUCAACUAUGCCAUAAUUAGUACGGCACGUUUCAACUAUUACUACAAAAGUUUAAAUAAUGUUUAAGCUAGUCAGAAAUUAUUCAAAAUUAUCUUCUCCAAAAGUCCGCCAAAAAUUGACAGCAACGAAAACAAAAUCUCCAAACCCACCACCAAACGAAUUGCCAGUAUUUCAAUAUCCAGUAAGUCAGAGUAGCGACCGCAGGGUGUACGUUUGGGGCCUUGCUGGUCAUGGAGCCUUGGGACUUCAACCGCCGAUCGCGAAGCGCAAGAAGUUCUUAUUUUAUCACAAACCGAACAGACUUCGAUUUGCAGAACAGCAUCGAGUGAUAGAUAUCGAAUCUGGUUAUGGGUUUACGGUCUUUGCCGUUGACUCGAAAGAUGGAAACAUCCUUUGGGGAAAUGGAAUUAACACAGAUUCUCAAUUGGGAUAUGAUGAAGCAGCAAAGGAUCCUCAAAAUGUUGUUCCGCUCCCAAAGCCGAUACAUCUGCCAUUAAAAAAUCCGUCCAGUCAAGUAACUGGACUUGCUGCUGGUCGUGCACAUUUGUUAGUUCUAACAACCGAAGGCCUGUUUACACUUGGAAAUAAUGGUUAUGGUCAAUGUGGACGACCAAUAAUUGUCGAUGAAGAUUACACAAAUAAUACAAUAGUUCAUCAUAUACCAGACAUCAAAGGGGAGCGCAUAAAAUCUGUAACAGCAGGCCAAGAUCACAGUAUUCUUUUAAGCGAGUCAGGCCAAGUUUAUACAUUUGGAUGGGGUGCAGAUGGCCAAACUGGUCUUGCACAUUACAGAAAUGAGUACAAACCGAGCUUAGUGAAAGGAGACUUGGCUGGUGAAAAUAUUGUCAAAGUUGCCUGUAUGGCAGACUGUGUCUUGGCGCUUAGCGAUAAAGGCACAGUAUUUGGAUGGGGUAAUUCGGAAUAUGGACAGUUGCCAUCUUUGGUUGAUAAUCACCAAAUAAACAUUGCAACAGAAAUCCAAGAGUGUCGCUCCCUGGGACACGUUGUAGACAUUGCUGCAGGCGGAAGCUUUUGCAUGGUUUUAAACAGUGAUGGCAACGUUUUUGUAUGGGGAUAUGGAAUUCUUGGAGUUGGUCCUGCUGUACAAAGAGCAAAAGAACCUACAAUGAUUCCGGCUACUCUGUUUGGUUUUAACGCGUAUAGCCGUAAUAAUCGGGUUUCUCAAAUAUACUGCGGUAUAAGUCAACUGGCGGCAGUGACUGAUAAUGGAGACCUUUAUAUGUGGGGAUGCAACAAAUUUGGAUCUUUAGGACUUGGGAAUAUCGAGGAUCAGUUCUUUCCAUUGAAAGUAGCAGUAGGUGCUCAAGUAAAAAAAGUUUCUUGCGGCGUCGAUCAUACAGUCACAUUAUGUAAACCUUAUAUAUAAAGCAGUGUUUACCCAACGAACAAAACAUAUUUUUACGUAUUGUCGCAAGGUGUGUAUGAAUAUUAAGAGUUGAACCUCGAUAAUGAUACCGGUAUUUGCCAAUUGUAGGAUUGUAAAAAGUAAUGUCUAUUUAAAAGAAGGAAAUAAUUCAUUAUUUCCGGAGAGCUAAUACAGACUUAACUCGUACUAGAGCUUCGCGAUUAAUCGAUUAACCGCAGAUUUGAACUCAUUUUUUAUCCAAUUCGUCGAUUAAUCCAAAAAAAUAAAAAAUCAAUUUCAAUAAACAAAUGGCCGAUUAAUUGAAAAUCGAUUAAUUGAAAGGGUUGAUUACUUGAUUAAUCGGGAAAACUCUAAUCGAUGUUUCUAAUGAAUCCAUUAAUAGGGAAAAUGAUUAAUUGAGAAUGCUAAACAAUCGAUUAUUCAGAAAAACAAUCAAUGAAAAGAGUCAACCAAUCGACUAAUUUCAAAAAAAUGUAUGAUUAAUUGUUUUAUUGUGCAGCCCUGAUUCGUAAAUAAGGAUACUUCAUUAGCCCAUUAAACUGAACUUUUUCUAGUCAGUAUUUUGUUACAGAAAUAAAUAAAAGACAAAAUAAGGGCAAAGAAACUGUUCCUUUUUUAAUCUUCUUCCUGUUUUAAUUAACUAAUUUGUACGUUAACACUCUCAUUUCACUAAGUGCAUCUCAUUAAGUACUAUGCAAUGGAAAAAAAAAAUAAAAAUUGGGUGCAAUCUGAAAUGUAUUAUUAGUACGAAUACUACGCGAUUAUUUGCUUUUUUUUUAUCAAGAAUCUACUUUCUUAGUGAAAUAUAAGUAAAGUGAAAAAAAAAUGAAAAUUUCAAGUUCAAAUAAAUUGAUCAAACUUUCCUUCAGCAAACCAAUGCAAAUGUCAAAGUUUACAUACUGAUAUUAUUAUUUCAUUUUCUUCGAAAACUCAAAUUUCAUCAAAUAACUGGGUUUGAAAACUAUAAAACCGGGACGACACAGAUCAAUAAUUGUGAAUUGAAAAUGUUAUGCAGUUUGGAAAUGUUAGUUUCUAAACUUAAAUUCAGUAAAAUUGAUGAUGAUGUAAUAUUUGUAAUUGAUUCCUAUGACGCGCCAUUUU